GGUGGUGGGUUAAUUAGGUGAGUUUCUUCAUCUUGAUAUGAACACGCACACAACACAUACACACCAGAGUCCUGCGCUGACGUCAGAGAGACGCGCCUUAAAAGCCAAAGAGCGCAUCAUAGGGAGAUGAACGGUUUGAUCACACACAUACACACACACCCAUGCACACACAGUCGCUUUGGAUUGUGACCUUAGCAGGGACACACACUGUAGAAGCUGCAGCAGCGACUUGAGUGGAGCGGAACCGGAGGGGAAGCCGAGAAGUUACUUUUUAGACUGACCUUCGCCGUGCGUAAAAUGAAAGUGGUGCGUAAAUGUCCGCGCGUCCCCGUCUGGAUUCGGUGGUAGAUGAUCAACUGAAAAACUCGCUCGGAACAAGUGACAGCGGUGAAAGUCUUCCUGUGCCACGGAUGCUGUUGCAUGUGGUCCCGGGUCUGCGCUCCUGCUUCUGCCUGUGAGAUUUGAUUUGAGCCAUGGCUUACUCUCAGCUGGGAUACCCCUACUCCACCACACCGCAGUUUCUGAUGACUCCAAGCUCUCUGGCCGGUUGUCUGGAGCCGGGGACGCCUCCAUCUCACCCGGUGCUGCGCUCCCCCGGGCACCAGCUCAGCCCGAGCACCGGCAUCGGAGUCUACAGCGGCCCUUACUCAAAGAGCCAAGGCUACUACAACACCUGCACCAGCGAUGCCACAGCGCUCUAUCCCAGAGGGCCACUGGAUCCAAAAGACGGAGCUGCAUCGGUGCAUGUGGGGACAUCUCAGACUCCUGCCUACUACCCCUAUGAAUACGCAUUUGGACAAUAUUCUUAUGACAGAUAUGGGUACUCCUGCUCUGAUGGAGCUUCUCGUCGCAAAAACGCCACCCGAGAGACCACCAGCACCCUGAAAGCCUGGCUGCAGGAGCACCAGAAGAACCCCUACCCCACAAAGGGAGAGAAGAUCAUGCUCGCUAUCAUCACCAGGAUGACUCUCACACAGGUGUCGACAUGGUUUGCCAAUGCGCGCAGGAGGCUGAAGAAGGAGAACAAGGUGACGUGGUCACCGCGAGCUUGUAAAGGCUCUGAUGAUCGGGGCUGUGAUGAAGACAGUGAUGAAGCUGAGAAGCCAGUUGAAGAUGAAAAAGACCAUCCUGAUCAACAGUGUGCCGAGCUGCAGAGUGAUCUCGAGGACUUCGACCUGCUGGAGUCUGAUGCUUCCGACUGUGAACCGAAGCCACAAUUCCUACCUGAGGACAAUGAAAACCCAAACACAGAUCUCCAACAUGAGCACCUCACACACAACCCUGAUACACUUCACAGAAAAGACAGAUUGUCCCCGGACUGCCCCAGACUCACACCAGUCCAACACCAAAACACCUCCUUCUUUCCGAACACAGACCUUCGAGACACAGACGCCAAGCCGAAAAUAUGGUCCAUCGCUCACACGGCGGUGUCUUUGGAUGGCAGCUUGCAGCCAGAGUACCCUCCUUGUAUGCUGUCGACCAACGGCUCAUCCUCUCCUGUGUACCCGUCAAGCAUGGGGCUCACUAAGGCAGACAGGCAACAGGAAUCACCAGUGGCCACGCUCAGAGAAUGGGUGGACGGAGUAUUCCAUGGUCCCCCUUUCCAACAGCCCAAACCAGCCGAGGUGUGGAAAGGCUUUAAUGAUGCCGCGAUAGACAUCAGAAUACCUGGACAAUCCUUUGAACUUGUUAGGUCUACCUCAUCUUUGUAGUCCAACCAACUCGUCAACAACGGAAUAUUUCAACGACUACUGGACUUGAAGUCUAUAUUGUGUUGCUGUGACUAAUUGACCAUUUGCUGAGCACCACCCUUUUAGUCACUGUGGCUACGCCAGUCAAUCUUUCCAUCCUUGCACAGUAACUUUGGCAGAUGCCGCAGUCAAAUUUGUGAAUGUUUUAAAAUAGGUUUUAAGACAGAGAGAGAGAAUUUCAAACUCCUCAUCCAUCACAUUGUCCAUUAGUUUAUUUGAAAAACUCCAAAGUCUGACUGACUUUUUAAAACUGCAAGUUGUAAACAUGUCUUAAAUAUGCACUUGACAGCCACAUAAGGACAUUAAGCAAAAAGACUGAGGCGAAAGUCUAAUCUAAUGUCACAGGGAAAAGGUCGGCACCAUCACCACUUAAUGAUCAAAGAAGACAUGCAGGCUUUUAAAAUGUGGAGUAAUCAGCGCGUUUUGCAAAUGUAAAUGUAAUGUUGCUGGGGUGUAAACAAACCUGAAUUGCUCCUAAAGAGCAGGGCAGGGCCGUUAAAGUUCGGAUUGGUAAGUUUAAUGGGAUAUCAUUUUUUAUUUGUUUAAAUAGAAUGUCCUGAUAGCCAUUAAUAAAAAAAUUUUAAAAAAGAAAAGAAAGAAAAGCCCCGGUCUCUGGCCCUUGCAGGGCUGCAAUAAACACGACCAAUCAUUUCAUCUGACCGAAUGCCGGAGAGACAUAAACCGCUGAACCAGAGACGAUAGCCAAAAGUCAGUGAGUGAGUCACGUGUGCGUGUUCAUAUCUUUUGGUGGCCGAGCUUUAACAAGAGGGCUGAUGGGAGGGGAGGUGACGUAUUGGUUGCAUAUUUUUGAAGUGUCGCCUGCACCUGCUAGCUUUGCCUGUAUUACCAACCUUAGCUUUAACGUUAGCGUGAUUGCAACCUGGACUGACUUCUAAACAAUGAGAAAAUGCUUCACCCUGGAUUUGCUAGAAGUGAGUGGCUCUUUUGUUUGAACCCAUGAAUAAAUAUAUGGAACGCUAGUCAAAAAUAAUUAGCAUAACUUAACCCUAAUGCUACAGACGGUAGUAUGUUACAAAGCUUUGCGUGCUGACGGUUGUCGAUUAAUCCAAUUCUUACACCUUUGCACUUUUAUUUCUGUUUUUUGGAAAGAAAAUUUCAACAACCUCCAAACUUGUGAGAAAACGAGCCAAGCUAUGGACCCUCAGCUACAAAUGGGAAAAUUGCUGUUUGGCUAAAGGGUUAAGCGAUUGGUCAAUAAACACAGUAUGGUCCUUUUUGGAAAUUUUGAUAUGC